CUGCUAGGUGCGCAUUUUGGAUAUGUUUUAGCUAUGGCUGCCUAACCUAAGCCUCUGUCUGCUCCCCCUGCUCCCAAACCUCUUCCCAUGGGUGUCCCUAUGGACAUUGAUGCAAGCAAAGCUCGAGCUGCAUCACAACGUGGUCCUGCUUGCUAUCGGUGUGGUAGCCUUGAUCAUUUUGCCAAGCAGUGUCCUGCUCGCUUUGACAUUCGCUACAUGUCGCAGGAGGAUGCCAUGGACUUCUACCAGCAGCAGGCCUUGGAUAAGGAUACUGCACAGCUGUCCCAGUCAUCUGAGCAUGUUGUUGGAGCAGAGAAGAAGGAGGAUUUUUGACUUUUAGACAGGUGAACUCUGGUAUGCCCCUGUCUACUUCUAAUCGCUAUGCUUGUCUCUAUCUACACCAUCCAAUACACGAGGAUGAUUCAGAACCACUGUCUGAACCUGAGACUGCUAGCAAAGUCAUAUCAUCCCCUACUUCUUCUUCUCUCUCCUCUUCCAUUCCUUCCACUCCCCCC